AUGUUGAGAUGGGUAGCUCGGUGCCUACCAGGGCUUAGCAUCAUUGGACUAUUUCUUCUGCUUGUUUUCGCGUUCACCAACAUCCUCACGUCGCAAUUAUGGAGAAGUAUGUUCCCACCGUGGGUUGGCCAGCCCUUCAAGGAAGGAUGGUGGAGCGGACUGAACAUCGCCCAGUCCGUAUUCAUCGUCUAUGCUGUGAUCAUCCAUAUCCAGAUGUGCAGUUUCACUCUGCGUCUGGCCUGGUCAAUUUUCCGAGUGACAGCAAAGACAAGAGAAGCUCUGGGAAGACGUCCGACAAAAAGCCUCUCCGUCUCGCCAACACCAUCUGCCCAGGACGAGGGGUACAGCAGCCAGCCAAUUUCGCCGGUCUCACUGCCAUCUCCAGGUCCCUUCAGCGAGAAGAUCGACUCUAUGAGCAUAGGAAGUGACAUUAUCGAGGAUGAGUUGCUCCACGCUAUCAUUCUGCCAAACUAUUGCGAAGACCUUCACACGCUAGAAACGACGCUCAAGGUGCUGGCGAGUCACCCAAGGGCCAAGUCACAAUAUGAGAUAUAUCUUGCUAUGGAGCAAAAAGAGGCCAUCGCUAUCGAGAAAGCUGCACACCUUGUUUCCACCUUCGAGCGAUCCUUCCUUCAUAUCCGUCCUACCUUCCACCCAUCCGGUAUACAAGGAGAGAUUGCAGGCAAGAGUUCAAAUGUGGCUUUUGCAGCGAAGCGAAUUGUACAGAUUCAUAAUGCAGAGCUGCGGGCAGAGUGCUGUCGGGUAGUAGUCACAGUCAUGGAUGCUGACACGCAUCUCUCGUGCGAUUACUUCACCGAGAUUCGUCGCCUACAUUAUUCUCACAUUGAAGACGCAGACCGUGCAAUCUACUGCUGUCCCAUCAUAUUCGACCGCAACUCAAAUGACACGCCCAUCUUAGUCCGAUGCGCGGAUCUUCUCUGGGGCUUCGCCGGACUCUCAACUAUGUGGCCAGGAACACCCAUUUCCAUCCCCACAUCUGUGUAUUCCUUACCACUUUCUCUCGCAGAGAAAGUCGGUGGAUGGGACAGUGACCCAACGGCCAUCGGAGAAGACAUGCACAUGAUGCUGAAGUGUUACUUCGAAACCGCAGGCAACAUCAUCUGCCAGGUAGUAUAUAUCCCAGCAAGUCAGUGCAAUGUCUCAAGUGACGGUAGCCGUGGUUGGAGACGGACGAUGGAUACUCUUAUCGCUCGAUACCGCCAGGCGCUUCGACACAUGUGGGGCGCGCUCGAUUCCGGCUUCGCAGCACGACGAACACUCGGCUAUCUCCGCUUUCACAAGCGAUGCUCAUUCCUGAGUCUAAGGCACUUUGCUCUUACGCAUUUGCUUUGGGAGGCACACUUUUUACCAUGUCAUCUCGUUAUCAUCAUGAUUUUCUCUGUGCUGUAUACCGUCUUGACACCUUCGUCGCAGUUGCAUCCGACUUUGGCACGGGCUUUCUUCAUCAAUGAUAUCCUGCGGACGUCGUCCUUCCUUGGAAUGAAUUUCUGUAUUGCUUUGUAUGAUCGGUGGCAUGCGAUUUGCCUUAUCGCGCGGAUGAAGGAUAUGUCUGAAGCUAAUGUGCCGGAUACGGGCUUUUCUCCACGUAUCUGGUACAAGCCACAGCACCUAUUGGAGAGAAUCUGCUUUCCGAUUGCUGGAACACUUUACGGUGCUAUUCCAGCUUUGCACGCAGUCUUUUCUCACUUCUUCACCGAUCGAUUGGUGUAUCGCGUUAGCAAGAAGCCGACCUUCAGUCUCGAGGCCGUGGGUCUGGCAUGA